AUGGAGCUGCGUCUCUCCGUCUGUGUCCUGCUGCUGCUUUGUGCAUCAAGAUGUUCAAACGGAGGAAAGAUUUUGGUGUGGUACACUGAGGCCAGCCAUUGGAUCAACAUGAAACCUAUACUGGAGACUCUGGUGGACAGAGGACACCAGGUGACCGUCCUGGUUCCAAGUGCAUCGAUGUUCAUGAAUAGCAGCGAACCUUCUCGCUUCCAGUACGAACCAUUUGACGUCUCCAUCUCACUGGAGGCCAUGGAGGAAUCGCUUGAAGAAUUUAUUCAUUUUGCAAUGUAUGAGGCAGAUUACAUGAGCUACUUUCAGGUUUAUGUCAGAUAUAUGGAACUUAUGAGGAUUGAGCUGCAGAAUAACCUUGAUAUCCUCAGUGGUGUUGUCAAGUCAGAAAUGCUGUUGAAGAAGUUGAAGAGGGAAAACUUUGAUCUGCUUUUUGCUGAUCCCAUCUACCCUGGGAGUGAAUUGACUGCAGACAUGUUGGGCAUCCCCCUCGUUUACUCGCUGCGUUUCUCCUUAGCUCAUAACUGGGAAAGGAUGUGUGGUCAGCUACCUUCUCCACCUUCCUUUGUCCCCGGCGCUAUGAGCAAACUUACAGACAAGAUGGACUUCUCAGAGAGACUGUGGAACGUCCUCUUCUAUGCUCUGAAUGACAUUGUAAUUGACAACGUUAUGUGGAAUAUGUUAGAUAAAUACUACUCAGAUGUCAAAGGAAGUCCCACCAGUGCCUGUGAGUUAAUGGGUAAGGCUGAUAUCUGGUUGAUGAGGACCUAUUGGGAUUUUGAUUUUCCUCGCCCAAUCCUCCCCAAUUUCAAGUUUGUUGGAGGGAUCCACUGCAGACCAGCUAAACCUUUACCAACGGAUAUGGAAAAAUUUGUACAGAGCUCAGGAGAUGAUGGUAUUGUGGUGUUCACUUUGGGAUCCAUGAUUACGAACGUCACCAUGGAGAAGGCAAACUUAAUAGCUUCAGCGCUUGCUCAGAUUCCCCAGAAGGUACUAUGGCGAUAUAAUGGGGACAAACCAAAAACGUUGGGUUCCAACACCAGGAUUUUUAGCUGGAUUCCUCAGAACGACCUGCUGGGUCAUCCUAAAACAAAAGCGUUCAUCACUCACGGAGGAACAAAUGGGAUCUAUGAGGCCAUCUAUCAUGGUGUUCCUAUGGUAGGCAUUCCAAUAUUUGGGGACCAACCAGACAACAUGGUGCACAUGGAGGCUAAAGGAGCUGCAGUCAUUCAAAACAUGAACUUCAUGACAACAGAGAGCCUGAGGGAUGCAAUCCUGACUGUCAUUAAUGACAAAUCCUACAAGGAGAACAUGAUGAGACUGUCGAGAAUCCACCAUGACAGACCGAUGAGUCCUCUGGAUGAGGCGGUUUUCUGGAUCGAGUUCACUAUGAGAAACAAAGGAGCCAAACAUCUGCGGGUCCAGGCCCACGAACUAACCUGGUACCAGUACCACAGCCUGGACGUCCUGACCUUCUUCCUCAUUUUAGACAUACUCUUCAUCUUUAUUCUUUUAAAGACCUGCAGCUUCUGUUGGCACAGAUGCUGCAAAAGUAAAAAGGUCAAAAGAAAAGCUGAAUAAAAGACAGAAUAGAACCUUUCAGAACUUAAUGGGAACUCAAACAUUCAUCUCCACCCUCAAACUUUACUUCAGAUGUGUGGU